CAACUUGGAUUCGACAAAUUUUGGUUUGUCUGAUGUCAUUUAUUCAAACUGCUGCGCUAAAGAAAUGAUUAAUUAGUUACGCCGUAUAUCAAUAAUCAACGUAAAGAACAAACUCGGAACUAUAAUGCAAAGGGAAAGUAUGUCCGUAAGGUACCGCGUAAAAGGAAUGAAACCAUGGCUUUGAGAAAGCCACACUGAAAGUUGUGAUCAAAAACAGGUCAUCGCAGCGUGAUCUCAAUGCGAUGUCCGACUUACACAUGGCGACCGACUUUUUUUUUCUUCUGAAACCGCUCCGUACCAGUCGUCCUCGUAGUGGUCUCACAGUGCAGUUUGAUUUGGAAGAAGCAGGCUGGCACAUCUUAACUGGACAAUGAGGCUUGCUGGGGCAGCCGUCUUGUUGUCACUUUUUCAAGCAACCUUCGCAAUCGCUUCAAAUCAAACAGUCGCUAGCGAACUAUUAAUACUUGAUGGACAUCCGCGAGGAAGACGAGCCGUGCUCUUGAACAGCGAUCCCCACGAACCUUGUCGAAUCUAUGGCCACAGCGAUCCAAUCCAGGUUAUGGAAAAUCUCCCGACGGGUCCAACUCUGCGGAAGAUUACUCAAGACGAAUGGGUAACAAUCGCUGCCGAAUGUCACGAGCAGAUGGUGGCAUUAGGCCUAAAUCAAAAUUUGACUGCAAUUGAUCGACAUUUUAUCUAUCCAGGGACGAAGUGGUGUGGAUUAGGAGACGUGGCGGAUGAUUUUGACGAUAUCGGACGUCAUGAAACAGCGGACAAGUGUUGCCGGGAGCACGACCAUUGCCAUGACUACAUGUCACCAGGAACUUGUAAAUACGGAUUGUGCAACCAUUCCAUCUUCACGAAAUCUCAUUGCGAUUGUGACGACAAAUUUCGACAGUGCUUGCUGAACGCGAUGAAUGACAAGGCUAGUAUGUCGGUGGGUUUCAUCUUUUUUAGUGUAAGUGCUUUAAGUUGUUAUCGGCAAAGCCCUGAUUGCAGGAAUACAUUUUCGAGACACUCAAGGCGAAGGGGACGGCACUAUCGAACAUCAGGUAUGGCGAGCUCAACGGAUUGGUGUUUCGUCCGGCCUCAACGGCGUCCGUUUAAAAAACCAAAUUAAUUGAGUUUUAAGAAGAUUGGUCCGGUU